ACUCGGGUUGUGGAAAUAGUUGCGAGAGAGAGAAAGAGAGAGGAAUAGGAGCUUCGUGACUUUCUUUGACGGUCCCCUCAGGGUCAUGUAAAACGUGACUGAAAUUCCCUUUUAGGACUUGCGUCGAGUAAAUUUUGCUUCAUGUGACGCUACGACAGAAUGCUGCUGCCUCUUUUCGUCUUCUGUAUAAAAACACAAAACGUUGUCCUUCAGGCUGGACAUUGAAAGUGACUAGAGUGAAGUAUUCAGUUUCUCCAGUAGUAUCGAAGUCGGGCUUGGAUGCUUGCUGUAAAGCUAAACGCAGCACAACCAGUUCUCAUAUAGUAAUUCUUGUUCGUAGGAUACAUCCUUUGGAUGUGAUCGCUCAUUACCAGAGAAAACACAACCGCUUUCUGAAUCUCUUUCAUCUACCUGCUUUUGUGAAUCAUCUAAAUGAGGGACUAGGACGUUCAGAAACAGUGUGUCUCUGAAUUUUCUCUGUGUUUGCAAGCAAGUCUAGAUCGACGUUGAGACAGGGAGAUAAUCAAUGAGGAAGCAUUCGGAAGCCUUAAGCGUUUUUGCCCUGGUGAUCAUCUGUACAUGUCACAGGGCACUAGUAUGCAGUGCCCAACCACUUGUUAAGGCUAUAUUCAAUUUUGGAGAUUCAACAACAGACACGGGCACUAAUACUUAUCUCCCAAAUCCUGCAUUUUUGGCCAAUUUUACUCCAUAUGGACAGACAUAUUUCAACAGACCCACAGGACGCUUCUCCGAUGGAAGAUUGGUCAUUGACAUUUUAGCGGCAUUUUUCAAGCUGCCACUGCUACUGCCAUAUCUGACGCCAAAUUUUACCUACUACGACAAUGGAGUCAAUUUCGCAUCUGCUGGCAGUGGCCUUCUGGAUUCCACAAAAGCAGGAAUGGUCGUAAACAUUCGAGAGCAAGUGCAACAAUUUGUAAAGGUUAAGGAGUCGUUAGUAUCGACUCAUGGAUCAUUGUCAGUGAAGCUUUCGAUGGCACGUUCUCUCUUCACCAUCAGCAGCGGAAGUAAUGAUAUAUACUAUAGCUAUUUCCCGAAUCAGACUACUCCCGAGGCCUUCACUGACACUAUGAUCAAUGAGUUGGAAAAGACUCUCACGGCUUUACAUGCAGAGGGUGCGAACAAGUUUGUUCUUGUGGGCUUGUCACCUCUCGGCUGUGUUCCAUCUCAAGUCUUGGCCAGCGGUGAAUGCAAUGAGUCCCUCAAUCAGAUAGCGCGACUUUACAACAAGAAGUUAUCAGCGUUCCAACUUCGAAUCACUAUCAAACUUCUUGGAUCUAUCGUUGUUGUUGCAAAUGUGUACGACACUCUGGAUGGGCUUAUUAAGAAUGGUGAAAUCUUUGGUUUCACACAAGGAUCUAAUGCUUGUUGUGGAGGAGGACCAUUCAGAGGUGCAGUCGGUAAUCAAUGUGGGUUCCAAGACUCUGCCGGAAACGAUUUGUUUACGAAGUGCACGGACGAAGAGCUCGAUCAUUACGUGUUUUGGGACUUCUUUCAUCCCACAGACAGAGCUUACCAAACGCUUGCAGCACUCUUCCUCUUUGUAUUCUGCUACCAUGUACAAACUCAAAUAAAUGCUAUGCCAGUUUCAACAGAAACAAGAUGGAACUUGUUGUGGGAUUCAUCUCCAAUUACUACGAGUUCCGGUGCCUGCAGAAUGCUUUGCAAUAGAAGUGUGAAGAACUUGCCGUAGAGCUCUCAGAGCGAGGACUCUGGAGUCUCUGCUGGUGACGGCAGAGCGGGAUUUCGUCGUCGAUCACGACUCCCGGGAAGUGAAGGUGAGCUCUUUGGUAGGAAAGACCGUGGGGCUGUAUUUCUCGUCCCACUCGUGUCCUCAUCCGUACAGAGGCUUCACUCCCAAGCUAGUCGUGUUUUACGAGCAGCGUUUUACGAACAAGGGAAGCCUUUUGAGAUCAUCUUCAUAUCGAGCGACGAUGAUGAGGAAGCAUUCACCAAAUAUUUUGGAAGCAUGCCGUGGCUGGCGUUGCCCUUCGGCGAGAAAAAGCCGAGGAGGACCACCAAACCGACGCUGUCUAAGUACUUUGAAGUGAUUUGGCUCCCAAACCUUGUGAUCUUGAGUCCGGAUGGGAAGACCGUGAAUAAGGAAGGGCAGGAAGCGAUCGAGAGGUUCGGUGCCGAGGGCUUCCCGUUCGCCAAAGAGAUGGAAAUUGAACUGAUCAAGGCCCUGGAUGACGAAAUGGAGAAACGCCAGCAGACGGUCACCAUUGCCCAGCAUCCUCACAUUCUGACGCUGUCUAAGGUUCCAUAUACACCCGCAACGUACACGUGUGAACUUUGCAAUCUCUUUGAAACCCGAUGGGCUUACCGCUGUCCAUUAUGUUACUUCGACGUGGAUGUGGCAUGUAUCGACCAAGAGCUUCAGAGACAAGCUGCACGAGAGAAAGAAGAGCCAGGGAUAUCCGAGGUGGAUGCUGCAGGGACGGAGGAUUCCUAGACUACCACAGCCGCCGUGGCCAAGGUGAAAGAAGGAUGGAUUUGUGAUGGCCAUGUCUGCCACAAGGCAUAAUUGACUGCAUCCCUUUCAGAUCGGAGUCUUGAACAGUGACAAUUGGUUCAUAGAGUGCAUGUCUUCAUACGAUAACUCUUAUUACCGGAGUAGCUGCUACUGAAUCUAUCUAUCUUUGAUGGCCAUGGAGAAGUCCCCGCUGUUUAGUAGCUGAUUAGAUCCUCAUUCCCAUCUACAACAGUCUAAAUCCGACAAUCUAAGCAGAACGCAAGGCCACAUUCACGGACAUCCUACAUAAAUCGCACGCUAGAAUGUCUGGAAAUUGCACGUACUAGAGAGCAAUAUCGGGUGAACGUCCUUCAGCCAGUCGAUCACCACCUGUUCUGCAACAAGCUUGGUUCUACAUAAGAAAAUCGAGACAGUUGUCAGUUUUCUUCAGUUGUCGUCGGAACGAUGGAGACAAGGAGUACGUAAAAGACUGCAAGAAAUUCAGAAUUCAUUGGCAAAAUUAUCCAGCUUCAUCUACUAGGUCGAUCCAUGUUUAGUUCUUACGAUUCCAGUGACAGCGUAUUCUUUGAGGAUCUGAAGAGAGUUCUAUUCAUUUGACCUCUGAGAUGUUGACUGCUCUGAAUUUGAAGGCACAACAAAAAUGCCUUGGUACUACAGGAUAUUAUAGCGAGCUUCAUAUUUGCUACCUAUGAACUGAGUUUUCUGACUCGCUUACAGAAUAUUUCGGGCAUGUUGCAACAACUCAGCUGGUGGACUCUGUGAAAAGCAACGUGAUCUUUUCAGAACCAAGCGAUCGACUUCUGUGAGUGAGAAGUUGAUGACGAGAAUCUGUCCACAGUUCUUCUGAUGGAUAGAUUCUAUGACUUUUUAAACAUUAAAGCCAC